ACAGUUUGCCCCCGGGGUAAUGAAUCACACUCUGACUAACACAGGAGCAUUACCACACUGACGCAGGAGUUCAUGGGCUGUAACCUGUGCUGCUCUCUGCUGCGUGCUGCCACUUAUCAGGCAUUUUGUCUCUGACAAGCGCUCUGCGAGCGUCUGAUAGCUUGAGUCUGAGCGGCAGGUCUCACUGUGGCAAGACAGUAAAGUUAAGUUUGACAUUUAUCAGGACCUGUGGAGGAGCUGCAGAGCCCACCGCUGCUGAUCACGGUAUGCAGCCGAUCAGUGGUGUCAUAGUGCUCCUCGGUGUUUUGGGGGCUGUGAAGUUGCUGUCCCUGCCCUGGCUCUGUGGGCUGUUGGUGGGGCUGGGGAUGUGUAUUGCCUGGAGGGGCUCCUGGAAGUUCAUUCAUGUAGCUCUAUGCACCAUCAAAAGAGACAUGAUGUGCCUGGUUGUCAUAUUGCGGGUGAGGUUUUCCAUGUACCGAAAUCUGCGAAAUAGAAGCACUAUCCCCACCCUGUUUGCCCAGAUAGUGACACGGCACCCAGACAAACCCGCCUUGAUCUAUGAGGCCACGGGAGAGGUUUGGAGUUUCAGGGUUCUGCAGGAGCAAUGCCACGCAGUGGCACACUGGGUGCUGGCACAAGGCUGGGCUGAGGGUGAUGUGGUGGCCUUGUACAUGGAGAGCCGGCCUCUGGUGGUGGCUCUGUGGUUGGGCCUCGCUAUGGUCGGUGUAGAGGCCGCACUCAUCAACCACAACCUUCGACAGCACUCACUACUGCACUGUGUCAGUGUGUCCGGUGCUCGGGCAAUGGUGUUUGGGACGGAGCUGACGGAAGUGUCCGAGGUGAGCAGCUCUCUGCAGCCCAACAUGGCUUUGUUCAGCAGCGGUGAGCAGCAGGAGGAGGUGAAGCCUCGCAGCCUCCAUGUCCACAAUCUCGACGCCCUGCUGGCCAGUUCACCCAAACACUCGACAAACUACACAAUGAGGAAGGAGUUUAAUGACAGACUCUUUUACAUCUACACCUCUGGUACAACAGGGAUGCCAAAGGCAGCUGUAGUGGUGCACAGUCGGUAUUUUCGAAUCGCUGCCUUUGGUUUCUACUCUUUUGGCCUACGACAUGAUGACAUUAUUUACAACUGCCUUCCCCUGUAUCAUUCUGCAGGUACCAUCAUGUGUGUAGGCCAGUGUCUGCUCUUUGGUUUGACUGUUGUCAUCAGGAGGAAGUUCUCUGCCAGUCACUUUUGGGACGACUGUGUUAAACACAACUGCACUGUAAUCCAGUACAUCGGCGAGAUCUGCCGUUACCUGUUGGCUCAGCCAGUCCGCCCAUCUGAGGCAAAUCACAGAGUCCGAGUUGCAGUUGGUAACGGCCUCCGUCCCUCUGUGUGGGAGGAGUUUGUCCAGAGAUUCAGAAUCUUAAGAGUUGGAGAAUUUUACGGUGCCACCGAGUGCAACUGCAGCCUGAUCAACAUAGAUGGAAAGGUGGGGGCGUGUGGCUUCAACAGUCGCAUCCUGCCCGACUUUUACCCCAUCAGACUGGUCAGGGUGCAGGAGAACGGGAAGUUGCUCAGGGAUUCACAGGGACUCUGUAUACCUUGUCUGCCGGGUGAGCCAGGUAUGCUGGUGGGCAGCAUCAACCACACUGAUCCGCUCAGGAGAUUUGAUGGCUAUGCUGAUCAGGAUUCCACUAAUCAGAAACUAGCUUACAACGUCUUCGGGAUGGGAGACUCUGCUUACGUCUCGGGUGACGUGCUGGUGAUGGAUGAGUACGGCUACAUGUAUUUCAGAGACCGCAGCGGCGACACGUUUCGGUGGCGAGGGGAGAAUGUCUCCACCACCGAGGUGGAGGGCGUCCUCAGUGGCCUGCUAGGACACUCUGAUGUAGCUGUCUAUGGAGUUUCAGUACCAGGCGUGGAGGGAAAGGCUGGCAUGGCAGCAAUAGCUCAUGCAGGAGGCCCGUUUGACCUUGCUGCAUUCUUGAUUGCUGUAAAGAAGGCCCUGCCCUCCUACGCACGCCCCGUCUUCCUUCGGCUCAUGCCAUCUGUUGACACGACAGGUACAUUCAAAAUCCAGAAGAUGCGGCUGAAGAGAGAAGGAUACAAGCCACAAGACAUGAGUGAAACUAUUUAUUUCCUGAACAGUCGUGCUGGAUGUUACGAGCCUGUUACUGAUGAACUGUACGAUGCCAUCAUGGAGGGAGAGGUGUGUCUAUGAGAUUAUAUUUAUGAGAUACACAGGAAUGAAUGGUUUGUACUGUAUAUUUCAAAGGGGAAAGAAAGAGGAAAUACACAGAUGUACUGUAUUUCUAGGGCUUUAGUAAUGACUACAUCUUUCUAAAUAGUGUUACUUUUACUGUUACUUUUGUUCUUAAUUCCAUAUUCUGGAAAAUACAUUUAAAAAACAAACUAAGGGCUAAGUUAAUAUCAUUUGAAUAAAAGAAAACAUCAAUAGUUUUACAUCACUCGCCUCUGUUGUUAAAAUGUAGUAUAAUUUAAAAACAUUUAUGAUAUUGAUAAGUGCCUGUAAAAUGUAUAUGUUAUCACAUUUCUCACAAUAAAUGGAGUUCUUGAAUAGA